AUUGAUUGAAUGCAUUACAAAUCCUGAAUUGCAAAGAAAUCUAAACGUGUUUGCUUUUAUCAUUUUCAAAAUUAAGAAAUAUGGAGAAGGGAUCAAGAAAGAGGUUGGCUGUACUGGUUGGAUGCAACUAUCCAAACACAAGCUAUGAGCUACAUGGUUGCAUAAACGAUGUUCUUGCUAUGAGAGAGUCUCUUGUAAACAGGCUUGGGUUUGAUCCAACCCACAUUCAGCUCCUCAUUGAUGAUCACCAUGAUCAAUAUGGAAUCUCCUCUGUUAUUAUGCCUACAGGUGAAAACAUAAAGAAGGCACUUGAAACCAUGAUUGGUGAGGCUCAACCUGGGGAUAUCCUUUUCUUUCAUUACAGUGGACAUGGAACAAGGAUUCCAUCCAUGAAACCAGGCAAACCUUUUAGGUGUGACGAGGCGAUUGUUCCUUGUGAUUUCAAUCUCAUUACUGAUGUGGAUUUUAGGCAUUUAGUAAACAUGCUACCAAAAGGCGCAAGCUUCACAAUCCUAUCAGACUCAUGCCACAGUGGAGGCUUAAUUGACAAAGAGAAAGAGCAAAUUGGACCAACUUCUUUUUCUUCUUCUUCGUCUACCACUGAAAGUGAUAAAAAUGGCCCGAAAUCACUUUCCUUCAGGCCAAAGAUAAUCCCUUUUCAAUCCAUACUACAACACUUUAUCUCAUCAACAAAUAUAAACACAUUUGAUAUUGGAACUCACUUGUUAGAAACUUUUGGAGCCAAUGCCAGCCUUAAGUUCCGUUUACACUUGUUCGAUCUCGAAAUACUCGAGCCACGACUGAAGUCAGAUGAUGGUGGGAUUCUGCUAAGUGGUUGCCAAGCUGAUGAGACCUCUGCAGACAUGAGUCCAAAUAUGGAGGGAGGAAAAGCAUAUGGAGCAUUCAGCAAUGCAGUUGAGAUGGUUCUGAAAGCAAAAUCAGGCCAAAGGUUGAGCAAUAGAGAGUUGGUGAUGGAGGCUAGAAAAGUCUUGAAAGCACAAGGCCUUACUCAGCAGCAUCCUUGCCUUUAUUGCAGAGAUGAGAAUGUUGAUGCUGCAUUCUUGGGUUUGGAGAAAAACUGAGAAUGACCAGUUUGGAAAUGUUGGUUCUACGAAUAAAGGGAGGGUUUUUAUAUUUGGUGGUGUUGCAAGUUUUUUAAUUUUUAAUUACAAUAACUAAAAUGAAUGUUUAUAAUUCUUUAUAUGUGGAUAUUACCCAUUCUAAUACUACAUGUAAUGAUGGGUUUAUUUUGUAUCACAUAAUCAGUUAUUUAUCAUCUAAUGAAAACUCACUCCCAUAUAUUAUAUAAUA